UUGGUCUGUUCUAGACCAACGCCAAAUCCAUGACCGAGUCAGUGCCAAAAAUCACAAUUAUGAAGGGUGCUACACCCGACCUAUCGGCAGCAACCUUCAGACUAAACGAUGAGAGUCAUACGAUUGGAAAUGCCCUUAGGUGGAUGCUUAUGAAAAAUCCAGACGUUGAGUUCUGUGGCUACAGUGCUCCACAUCCAUCAGAGAAUGCAAUUCAAGUGAGGGUGCAGAUGUACGAUGGAAAGUCGGCUCUCGCUGCCCUGAUUGCAGCUCUUGAGCAACUAGAUUCAUUAUUUGCAACUAUUGACGACGCCUAUCAGAAUAGCAUACGUGCCGGGAAUUUUGAAAGAUGGGAUGAGCGUGGCUGAAGAAUUUGCAGCGGCGAUAACCUAGCAUACUCGAAGCUAGGAUCAUAGAAUAGAUACACUGGUAUAACG